AUGGGUGAGGAGGCAGCCGUGGUGCUGCGCGUGGCCGUCAUCCUCGGCCAAUCGCGUCCGGCUUCGUCCUCGUCCUCGGCGGCCGCGGCCUGGGAGGCGGAGCUGAUGCGUCCGGGGCGGGUUGCCGCGGGCGACGGGCGUGUGGAGGCGCAGGUGUCGGCCGUGCGUCUGAACCGGACCGACCCACGGAGCGUGCUCAGUGGCCUGUGCGACCUCAUGAACAGGCAGCCGCUGCACGGGCUGGUGUUCGGCGACGACGGGGACCAAGAGGCGCUCGCGCAGCUGCUGGACUUCGUCUCCGCACACACACUCAUGCCCAUACUGGCCAUCCACGGAGGAUCCGCCAUGACCAUGGCACAGAAGGAUGUCAAGUCGUCGUUCUUCCAGUUUUCUGCAUCUCUCCAGCAGGAGGCGCUGUUGAUGCUGGCCAUCAUGGAAGAGUAUGACUGGCAUGUCUUCUCCAUAGUAACCAGCAAGUUCCCUGGAUACCUGGACUUCAUCUCCACCCUCCGCAGCACUGUGGACCACAGCUUUGUGCGCUGGGACCUGCAGAGUGUGGUGAUCCUGGAGGGGACGGACGCGGACGCCAAGGCCCACGUGGAGCUCAAGCGCAUCCAGUCGCCCGUCAUCCUGCUCUACUGCUCCAAGGAGGAGGCCCACUUCGUACUGGCCGAGGGACGCAGCCUGGGCCUCACGGGCGCCGGAUACGUCUGGAUCGUACCUAGCAUGGUGAGCGGGAGCGUGGAGGUGGUCCCCGAGGCCUUUGCGCCGGGCCUGAUCUCGGUGGCGUACGACUGGGACUACCCGCUGGAGACGCGGCUGAGCGACGGCCUGGGCCUGCUGGUCUCCGCCGCCAGCGCCAUGCACCGCCAAUCAGGACGCAUCCCCGACGCCACCGCCAGCUGUCAAUCAGCCCUCAGCCAAUCAGGAGCCCCCGAGCAGCCCAAGCUCCCACCCAGCAGCCUGCGGAGAUACAUGAUGGACAUCUCGCUAGAUGGUCGUGACCUGUCGUUUACUGACGAUGGUUACCAGGUCAACCCCAAGCUGGUUGUCAUGGUGCUCAACACAGAAAGGGAAUGGGAGAAGAUGGGCCGGUGGGAGAAUAACUCGCUGCGUCUGCGGUUCCCGGUGUGGCCGCGGUACAACUCGUGGGGCGACCCCGACGCGGACGAGAAGCACCUGAGCAUCGUCACGCUGGAGGAGAAGCCCUUCGUCAUCGUCGACGACGUCGACAUCCUCACCGGCACCUGCAUGAGGAACUCCGUGCCCUGUCGCAAGCACAUCAAAGAUAACUCGACGGAAGGCUCCUAUGUGAAGAAGUGCUGUAAGGGUUUCUGUAUCGACAUCCUGAAGAAGAUCUCGCGGAUCGUCAAGUUCACCUAUGACCUCUACCUGGUCACCAAUGGCAAACACGGCAAGAAGAUCAACAACGUCUGGAACGGGAUGGUGGGAGAGGUGGUUUAUAAAAAGGCCGUGAUGGCGGUGGGAUCUCUCACCAUUAACGAGGAGCGCUCCGAGGUCAUCGACUUCUCCGUCCCCUUCGUGGAGACCGGCAUCAGUGUGAUGGUAUCCCGUAGCAACGGAACAGUGUCACCCUCUGCGUUUCUAGAGCCCUUCAGCCCCUCAGUGUGGGUGAUGAUGUUUGUGAUGCUGCUCCUCGUCACGGCGAUAGCCGUCUUCCUCUUUGAGUUCAUCAGUCCGCUGGGCUUCAACAGAAACCUGGCUCAGGGCAAAGAUCCCCAUGGCCCCUCCUUCACCAUUGGCAAGGCGAUUUGGCUGCUGUGGGGUCUGGUGUUCAAUAACUCGGUUCCGGUGCAGAACCCUCGCGGCACCACCAGUAAGUUCAUCGUGUCCGUGUGGGCCUUCUUCGCCGUCAUCUUCCUGGCCAGCUACACCGCCAACCUGGCCGCCUUCAUGAUCCAGGAGGAGUUCGUCGACCAGGUCACCGGACUCAGCGACAAAAAGUUCCAGAGCCCAUACUCCUUCUCCCCUCCGUUCCGUUUUGGGACGGUACCGAACGGGAGUACUGAAAGAAACAUCCGGAAAAACUACCCAGACAUGCACCAGUACAUGGUCAAGUACCACCAGACCGGCGUUCACGAUGCUCUCAUCAGUCUUAAGACUGGGAAGCUGGAUGCGUUCAUCUAUGACGCGGCCGUGUUGAACUACAUGGCGGGGCGGGACGACGGCUGCAAGCUGGUCACCAUCGGCAGCGGCUACGUCUUCGCCACCACCGGCUACGGCAUCGCCCUGCAGAAGGGCUCGUACUGGAAACGCCACGUGGACCUCGCCAUCCUGGGCAUCAUCGGCGACGGUACCGGCAUAUGGAGCUGUAUCCACGGCGUUCACAUCGAGCUGAAGAAGCCUCCGGAGCUGGGCUUCAGCCCGCAGCAGAACAUGCUGCACCUGCUCAAGUCGGCCAAGGAGCUGGUGCCAGGUCGCCAGGGCAACCACCACCCCAACGUUCUGCCGACGCCGCCGCCCGGCCUGGGCAUCCUGCAGAUCAUGGGCGCCGCCAAGAGCCACAGCCAGGGGGCAGCGGCGGGCAAGGACACGGUCUACAGCAACACGGGCAGCCUGCUCAGCAACCGCCUCAAGGAGCCGCUCAACAACGCCGCGCUGUUGCCGGGGCAACGGGCCCUGAGCAUGACCGACGCGCCUCACAACCUGAUUGGAGGAGGAGGAGGAGGAGGAGGGGCCGGGGAUAAGGGCGUGUCCAAUGGGGCGUCGCGUAACCCCGCCCCCGCGGCGUCCAAGCCCCGCGCUCUCUGGAAGAAGUCGGUGGAGACGCUGCGUCAGGGGGCGGGACCAGGCGGCGAGGACACGCCCUCGGCCACGCCCCCCAUCACCACCGCCGCCGCCGUGUCCAUGGCGACCGCCCCGCUGCAGUCCGCCGCGUCGCUGGAGUCGCGCCUGCCCAUGAAGAGCCAGCGCUACCUGCCCGAGGACGCGCCCGACCUCUCAACCCUAGAGGGCAAAGGUCACGGGGGAAACGGCGCUCCCGGCGGCGGCGGCAACAACAACAACAAGCAGGCGAAGGAGGCCCCGUCGCUACGGAAACGCGGGCGGCUGCCUCGCGACCUCAGCGACCUGGAGCUGUCGACGCUACGCAGUCAGCAGAGCGGCAGCAUCCAGAGCAACCACACCACCUCCGGGACACUCCACCACCUGUUCAGCCAGAGCAGCCAGGGCAGCGGCGUCUUCACCAUAGACUCCUCCCUCGCCUCCCUCGACCACGAGCCCGCCGCGCUGCACUUCCCCGACCUCUUCAGCGACCACCACCAUCACCGCGACAACGGCACCAAGGGCCCGCCCAGUCUGGGGCCGCAGCCAAUCCUGCAGCUGAACAGCAGCCUGCUCUCCAGCCCUCCCCCGCACCCCGACGUCAUGGCGACGGCCGCCGCCAAGGACAAGAAGUACAACACCUACGGCAAGCCUGGUCUCGGCGGAGCCUCCGAUCGGGGAGGAGUCGGGGGCGGAGUCGGGGGCGGAGCUCAGACGCACUGCCGCAGCUGCCUGUCUCGUCUCGGGGGCGUGUCCGGGGGCGUCGGGGGCGGAGUCGGGGGCGGCGGCUACUCGGGGCUCUACACGGUGCGCUCACCUCCGCUACGCUGCGACGCCUGCCUGCAUUCCGCCAGCCUCUACGACAUCAGCGAGGACCAGCUAACGCACCCUAACGACCCCCAGCCUCCUCCGCCCCCACAGAUGCCCCAGAUGCCCCAGUCGCCCUCCUUCACGGCCUACCUGCCCCAGAACGACCCCUCCGCUCAGGAGGGCGGCGGCCUCAUCAGCCACUUCCAGACCGAGGAGCCAAUCCGACGCCAGCACUCGUACGAGAACCUGCCGGGUCAGAGCGGGCCGCGGCGCGUCAGCCUACAGGAAGCCAGCCCCUACGCCAACCUGCCCCCGAUGCCCUCCUCGUCCUCCUGCUCGUCUGGAGCGCCCCCCGGUGGCCUGGCGGCUGCUGCCAUGGCGGGCGUGAGCGGGCUGGGCGUGGGGAGGAGGAGCAAGUCUCUGUACCCGCUGUGCCCGUCGGAGAACCCCUUCCUGCAGACGCUGCGUGACGACCGGCGGCUGGCCCACGGGCGCAGCUCCACGGACAUCUACAAGCAGCUGGUGCCGCUCACAUUAGGCGUCGGCGGCGGCGUCGGCACGGCGACCAGCUCACCCUCGCCCUCGCCCUCGCACCACCACCUCCACCACCACCACCACGGCGCCGCCCUGCUGGCCAGCGAGCUCUUCUACCCCUCAGAGCACCUGAUGCCCUACGUGGCCCCGCCCCCGCCGCUGCAGCAGGCCGCCUCCUACCCCGCGCCCCGCGCCAUGAGCGCCGGAGGGGCCCGCCGCGUCUACAAGAGGAUGCCCAGCAUCGAGUCCGACGUCUAG